CUGUUGAGCCUCGACGAUUACACAUUGAUAUAAUGGAGUACUAGCAUCCACUCUGUGUGUAUCAUUGCUAUCCUACGCCCGAGCGUUCCGCAAGUCCUCAGAGAGGAUGGGAAAGGUUCCAAAAAUUGCCGACAGAGAGUAGCACGUCCGCGCCAAUGUGUACACGUUCGCUGAGCGGCCGAAGGCGCCAGCUACGGGACGCAUCGGAAACGAGCGUGCCACGCUCUACCGGCGCCACAGAACGUGCGCCAUCUCCGUUGCCUACCCGCAAAGGUAGGGAAUGUCACCGGCAACGCACGUCUGAGGCAGCGGACGAGUACGUAGCACCUCCGCUACCCCCCGACCUCAUACGAAGAAGGGAAGAUAGCAUCAUCGGGACUACGACACGCCCGCGUCGCAGGCACAGACCCACCCGCCGCGUCCAUUGUCGAGACCUGGUGAUGCCGCCGACUCUCCAGCGACAUCGGCUCUCCAACGUUCACGACGGGCCCAACAAUGGCAGAUCUCGCAGCCUCUGGUUACGCUGCCAACCCGACAGCGUACACAGAGACCGCAGUGGCGAUCCACCCACAAAACGCAUCCGCCUUGUAAAGCGCCUGUCGCCAUGACAUUCGUCAGACGUGCCGGCAGCCACUGAACAGUGAAAGCAGCAUGCCCAGCAUGUCUGACUGGAGACACCGGUCGUAGCUAAAACUGCAAAUUGUGGUUGGUUGGGUGCUGCGUCUGACGACAAGGAAGGGGGAGAACAAUUGAAUCGCCGCCCGCC